AUGGAUAUCUUGAAUAUUCAACAUAAUAAUUUUAUGAAAUUGAUCUUGAAAAAUGAUUUGGAAAAUUUCAAACCAUCAUUUCCUCCAAUCAUAACUAAAGAUGAAUUUGUUAAACGAAUCGGAAAAAGAUCAUUAAAAAAAGUACCUAAAUUCAAAUUGAAACAUGAUGAAAUUCUACCAAUAACUGAAUUAUCAAAAAUUAUCUCUGAAUGUUGGAGAAAUGAACCAGAAUAUAUAAAAAAAGAAUAUUCUGAUAUAGUACUUGCGGUGAAAGAAAAACUUGAAAAUUUAAAACAAUUAAAAAAAAUUCCUCCACAAAUUGAAAAUUUUAAAAAAAUUCGUCCUAAAAUUAAUAUUAUCGAUACUGAUAAACUUGACAAUAAAUAUAUUGAAAAUAAAACCUUUAUCAAUAAUAAACAAAUUGUUGAUCAAGCUAUCGAUCAUUGGACUCGUACUUUUAAUACCAAAAAUAAAAAUUCAAACAAAGCAAGAAAAAGUCUUGUGCUUUACGUUUCUUCGAUUAAUAAAGUUAAGAAGGUUCUUUGUUAUGGUGAUGAUAUUAAUAAAAUAAGAAGUUUAGCAUUAGAUGAUGUUCAAAAUAUUCUCAUGAACGCUUACAACAAAGGUAUUCAUUAUUGA